UCAUCUGUCACUCUUCUGUACCACUUCCUGUGGAUGCUUUUAUUGACAGAUUAGAUGAUCUUUCUUUGGAUUACUGCUCACGCUACAGUUCAUCAUUUAUAUCAUCUCCUGAUAUUUUCCUCGAGUGCCUAGAGAGAUACAUGUAUGUUGACAAGGGCUUUCGUAGGAGCAACUCAAGGAAUCAAUUGGAGCAACUAGCAGUUUAUCUUCGUAGACUUGUAUGAAACUUUUUACUAUUUAUAUCUACAGAAAGACUAAAGUAUUAUUCGUGUGGGUUCAAUGUGUAUGCUUUCAUUGGUAUAUUCUGAGAUCUUCAAGAUGCUUUGAAUGUGGAGGCUAUCUUAAACAGAGAAGUACAGAGUCUGAUCAUCAACAUAUCAUGACAACUGAAUCACUGUUACUGAAGAUUUUGAGAGACUUGAAGCAUGCUUUUUGGCCUUUUCAACUUGACCAAAGUAAAAGCCUAUUUCUGCCAAUCAUUAGAUGACACGUCCCACUCACACAUCAAAGCGUUGGCUGCCAUCUAAACAAGAGAAGAGAAGAAUAUUACCGAUCUAAAUAUUAUGCUCCUAAGGUUUUCAAGAAGUAGAGAAUUGAUUGAGCAGCAUGACUCACUUCUGAAAGAUUCUGAUCCAGUUCUUGUGUCAUCUAAUAUUAGAAGGAAAGCAUAGGCAAUGGAUAGCCUGAUGGAUGAUGUAUCGAUAGGGAGAUCCUUGGUUGAUUCAAGAAGUGGAUGUGGUGGACCAGAUACAUCAGGAGAAAGGCACCUGGAUGAGGACCAACAGAUUAAUCUGAAUGAUUGGACUCAGAUGAGAAACUCUUCUAUCAAUAAUUCUACUGGUUUUAUUCAGAAUGAGGUAUCAUCAAAAGAAGAGAAACCUGGAACUAAAUUAAUCAUGGCAGAGGUAAAUGAAGUAGAUGAAAAAGAUGCAUCUUUUGAGGGAAAUAACAAUGCAACAUUGACCGUUGACACAGUGAAGUCAUCUGGUGUGUACUUAAUUCAGUGUUGAUGAUACUCAGUUAGGUGUGUAUGUAAUGCAAAGAGUGAAGCAUCACUUAAUUAAGGAAUAUGCACUGCACCCAAUUGAAGAAUUUUAUGAAGGCAUACAAUGAUAAAAGGAGCAAACUCUUGAUGAGCUUAAGAUGGAGCAAGGUGAUGAAACUGAUUUAAUGCUGAUAAUGCACAGGUUAGAGAUAAAGAUAUGGUGUGAAAAUCAACCAAAACUUACAAUGGAUAAUCCGACAAGGAAGGCCAAAUGACCAAUCUUGUAUGAU